AUGCAGCUGUCUUUGACUCAACCAGGUUCCUGGACACUGCUCCUACUACUGUCCAACCUGCUUCUAUGGGACAAUGUGGCAUCAGUACCCAUGUGUGCAAUGAGGAAUGGCCGCUGCUUUGUGUCCUUAAAAGACAUGUUUCAUAUAGCAGGCAGUUUGUCUCAUGAAAUCAGUCAAGAAGUUUCAGGAAUGCUCACUGAGUUUAAAAACCACUAUGCUGAAGUCCAUGGGCUCCAGAACACACCGGUCACCAGCUGCCACACUUCUUCCCUCCCCAUUCCAGCCAACAAGCAACAAGCCAGGAAAACAAACUAUGAAGUCUUACUGAAAUCAGCGAACACUCUUUUGAGUGCCUGGAGCAAUCCUCUGCAACACCUACAGAAAGAACUAGCUACUUUGAAAGGAGUCCCUGCUGGUGUCAUCUCCAAAGCCAAAACCAUCAAGGAAAAGGACUCUGGACUGCUGGAGGGGGUUAGGAACCUUUACAACAUGAUUGGAAAUGGAGAAACUGAAAACUACCCUGCCUGGACUGAACUGGCAUCCUUGCAGUCAGACGAUGAAGAUGCUCGAAUUUUGGCAUUUUAUAACAUGAUCAGCUGCCUAAACCGUGACUCUAAGAAGAUUGACAUUUAUCUCAACAUUCUGAAGUGCAACAUUUCCAAACCGAACAACUGCUAA